AUGCCUCUCCGACUCACAACGCUCAGUUCGGGCGAUAUUUGCUCGCUGACCGAAGUUUUGCAGCUCAACCCCAACGAUACAGACCCAAUCCAUUACAACAAUCGCAUUGCCGCCCUCAUCGAGGCUUUGCCCAGCAGAUUGAAGUCGAAUGGCUUCCUCAACCGCAUCACCAAGCCAGCACUGCCAGCAAGAUCACGAAUGCUUGAUCCGCUUGAUCAACGCGGACCACUAUGCCCAAUGCAUCACAAGCUCGAUGCUAGCAUGGUACAGAAAGUAUUCACUCUUCUGGCUCUGGAGGUUGGCCAUCAUCUGAAUCAUGUUGCCCGUCAUUGUCAUCUUCUGACUGGAGAGCAGCAAAAAUUGAUCUCUCGACUUCGCGCUUUGCAUGCUAUCUGGUAUCAACCAGAACAGUACGAGAGGUUCUUUCUUGAACCAUCCAAAGAUACCAGAUGGACGUAUCAGGGCAACAAGUGCGCUGCCUGUACUCUUGCACGGAUUGCUGGCAAUCUAGACGCCCUCCUAGACUUACUCUGUGCCGUAUCAAGCCGGACUUCGUCUAACGAAAAGCACAAGCAGCCCAGACUGUACGACUGGCUGGUGGCCUGGAUUGAGAACCACGGAGAAGCUCUUGAGGAACGCGGCCGUGAAAAGUUGCAGGUGCUUGUUCAGGACGUUUGGAACCGAUCGUUUGCCUUGAAACAGAAGAGAAAAGAGUUUUCAAAGGCCCGGAAGGAAUUCAAGCAAGGCGUGGGAUCUGAUGCGAAGGGUGAAGCUGUCGAACCACAGGAAGGCGCGAACAUCCAGAUGUAUGAUCAUUUCGAUGAUGAUCAGCUCGAGAGUGUCAAUGUCCAUACCGCUCUAAUGAGUACGCCACACCUGCCUGACAUGGCGCGCUUCCAUCAAGAGGAAAGUCAGCGGUCUGGACGCGACGAAUCAAACCUUGCUCCACCACGCGCAUCUGCUGUUAGUCGAACACGUUCAACAAGACGGGAUCAGAAGACAUAUGGAGGAAAUCAUAGCCCCGCCAGCCCCCUCACAGCACGACCCGAAGAAUACACACCACCAAGAGCCCGGUGGCGAACAUCCGACGAUGCAGCAAAGUCGUACGCCAACGUGAUUGGGAAGACUAACCCCUUCGCCACGCGCAAUACAGUCCGCGACCCGAUGCCUAACCCCAAAGCUGCAAAGCCUACCAACCGCAACCAGAAACCGUCGCCUUCUACACGUGCCAGCACAAGCCCAGAAUCCGUCUGGACAGAUUGUGAGCCCCAAGCGACGGCCAAAUCCUCCUUGUCCUCGCUCUUCGAAAAGUACGCCAACUACGGCGGCCUUCCUGACGGCCCAGACCUUUCGAAGCCACCAUCAGCACGGGGCACAGCUCUUGACAAUGACAGAACACCAACCAAAGCACCACCUGCCACGGACCUACCACUCCGCCGCCACGCCACCACCGCCCAAGACAAGCACCACCGCAAGCAACUCGACCCCAACGAAUUGCUCAAGCGCGCUGCAAGCACCAGCACAGCGCCUCGAGAACGACAUACUCACAAUGCUGCUGGUGCUGGUGCUGCUAGACGCACCACCGAACGGCCCGCAUCCGUCCACCAGCCCGAUACGCGCCCCUCGUCAUCACUGAUCGGCAAGCACAAACAUGACAGAGAUAAACCCACCAGCACCGCCAAAAAGAGUCCAUCCGCCGUCACCGAAAAGGAUGAAGCAGUCACGUGCUGGGACGAUGUCUGGCGGGACGACGUGCUGAAGAAGCCAGAGAAUAAGUUCUACAAGGACAGACUUGAGCGUGAGGAGGCUAGGUGGCGCAGGGAGAAGCGGGAAGGUGGUGGUGGUGGGGAACCUAAGAGGAAGGAGAGCCGUCGUGGCGCGGAGAAGCGGGAAGAUGAACGUCGGGGGAAGAGGCGACAUGGUGAGGAGCGGAAGAGGUAG